GCUGCUCCUGGCGUUAUAAAAGAAUGUGACCUGCUGUUCCUCUUUCUUGUCAGCACUUCUUAAAGAACCUUUGAGCUACAACAAGUCCAAGGAUCGCUUCUCCCUCUGAAGCAGCUCUGCCAGGAUUUCUUCCUUUCUGGAGAGCAACUUGAGGGGAAGAUCAAUCCCUGAACCAAGAAUGAACCUCUUUUGCCACAGCAGUGCCGUUGCCUUCGUUCUUUUCUACAUGACCAUUUGGCUGAAAGCAGGAGCCCAAGACUCUUGCUCUGGUCACUGCGGGACAUCCCAGCCCAGCUGCUCAUGCCAAGCGACCUGCGAGUCCCUGGGAACUUGCUGCUCGAAUUAUUGGGAAUUCUGCCUGAACAUCUCUCCCUACUCAGGAACUCUGCUCGGUGGAAAGGAUUUUAUGCUUCUAAAUGUGACCUUUAACACCAAUCAUUCUGUGAAGUGCAGGUUUGCAAAGGUAUUUGAGACCAAUGGGUACGUUGCUGAAGAUGGACGAGUCCAUUGCAUCUCCCCCUUGCUCUAUCAGAUUGGCAUCGUCAGCCUGGACAUUUCUCAAGAUGGUGGCAGGACAUUUCCCUGGUCAAGCACAUGGGUGUCAGUUCAUCAUAGCAAAGUGUCCCCUUUGGAAAAAAGCACAUUAGUGAAUGAAACGAAGUGGCAAUACUACGGCACGCCUGGGACCGGAGGAAGCCUGACGGUCACAUGGCACCAGCAGACGCUUCAAGCCAGCCACGUCAAUAUAGAAGUCUGGGGAUAUAACGAAACAGGCAGGCCUUACUCCAAUGACUGGGCAGCUGAAUGGAAGUAUCUCUACACUCUGAGAAGGAACCACCCCAACACAGGGGAGUUCACUUUCCUGCCAGCCCCUUCAGCUCUGUACAGUGCCUGGGAAGUAGGGGCUCUGCGGAUUUCUUCCAAUGUGUCUUCUGACGGCCAGAGCAAUGUGGCGUCCAUCUGGAGCACAGAGCAUGCGCUGGCAUGGCACCUGGAAGAUGCCUUCCGGAAGGAUUCCGCCGCAUGGGCCACAGCCAAGUGCCAGCAGUGGGACCUCAAAGAGACGGGCCUGCCCAAUUUCCUGGAGGAGAUUAUGGAUUGCCCCUGCACUUUGGCCCAAGCCCGCGCAGACAUGGGCCGAUUCCACACGGACUAUGGCUGUGACAUAGAAAAGGGGAGCGCCUGCACUUACCAUCCAGGUGCAGUGCACUGUGUGAGGUCUGUUCAGGCCAGUCCAAAAUAUGCUGCAGGGCAACAGUGCUGCUAUGAUGCUACUGGAACCCAAGUCCUCACAGGAGACUCCAUUGGGGGAAGCACACCAGAUCGAGGGCACGACUGGGGUGCCCCUCCGUACAAAACUCCCCCCAGAAUCCCUGGCUUUUCCCACUGGCUUUAUGAUGUGAUCAGUUUUUAUUACUGUUGCUUGUGGUCUGAUAACUGCACCGUCUACUUCAAGCACCGUCCCUCUAGUGGCUGCAGGAGAUACCGCCCACCCCAUGUUGCUGCAGCUUUUGGAGAUCCUCACUUUCUCACGUUUGAUGGCGCGAAUUUCACAUUCAAAGGCCUUGGCGAAUACACAGUGCUGCAAUCCAACCUCACAUCCUUGAGAGUCCAAGUGAGAACCCGUCGUGCCAACCUGCUGAGGGGAAAGGAAGCAGAAAUCCAGGCGAAUGUGACAGGCCUCUCUGCCAUUGCAGUGCAGGAGAAUGACUCAGAUGUGAUUGAGAUACGCAUUCCGGAACACUCUGACACCCUGGAGGUCCUGUUGAAUCACAAAGCUCUCAAUUUCUCUGAACAAACCUGGAUGGACUUGAAAGGCCUCUUUCUCUCUACCACCCCUGGGCAGAAUGUCACCAUCAUGUUCUCCUCUGGAGUUGGUGUAGAAGUGAGUAAGAAGUCAGGGAGGGUGCUGAGCCUCACCGUUUUGCUGCCAGAGAAAUUCCAGAAUCACACACAAGGGCUCUUCGGGGUGAUGAACGGCAACCCACAGGAUGACUUGAUUCUCCGCAACGGAACAACCAUUGAGGCGGGCAGCAACAGCAGCCCGGAGGAGCUCUUUGCCUUCGGUGCAGACUGGGCCAUCAUAAAUGGAACGUCCCUUUUCACAUACGACACACAGUACUUGUUGCAGCACUUCUUCUAUGGACCAAAGCACGACCCCUCUUUUGUGCCUGUGUUUUCUCCCUCCGAAGACCCAACUGACCCCCUUGUCAAGCAGAUGGCUGUGCUCUGCCAAUCAGACUCUUUCUGUAGGUUUGAUGUCCUGACAACCAGAGACCUCGCUGUGGGAAACAGCACUAAGGUGUCACAUCAGAGCUACAGGCACCUGAAGGAGAGUCUCCGGCCAGUGGUUUCUUGCGGCUGGCUGGCUCCCCCCGCAAAUGGCAGGAAAGACGGAACCAACUAUUUAGCCGGCUCCAUCAUCCACUUCCGCUGCGAUCCUGGGUACACCCUUGCAGGUCCUGCAGCAAGAGUCUGCCAGGGCAACAGCACGUGGUCUGGAAGCCCCACUGGCUGCGUGCCAAAUGCAGGCACUGGGCAUCGGGCACCCUGCUUUGCGUCUGCGGUGGGCCUCCUGGGCUUUGUGAGCUUGGCAGCUGUCUGCUGGAUUCUCUAACUCUGGCGGAUGGAAAAUACCCAAUUUGGCCAUUCAGGGCAGAACCCACCACGAGAGGAAGAGUAUUUUGUACCACCUGAAGAGGGACUUCCGUUCUGAGAUUGCCAUGCCUUCCAACCACUAGGUAAUAUCACACAAUUUGGCUUCAACUGACACUUUUACCUAGUGCUCCACCUAAAAUUAAUCUCUGGCUUUGCUAAUAUAAGGGCUGUCGUGUUUCUCUUUAUUUUUCUUCUUUGCCUGCUCACGAACCUGCACACUUUGGCCAUGGCAAGAGGUAGACCUGAAUUACUUUAUGUUUUCAGAAAUGAGGGUCCGGCUGUUGCUUCUUCGUCUCAGAAUGUGAGGUGUAGUCUAAUGACUGCAACACCCACCAGUGACUCGUUCAUUCAGUCUGCAAUCUCUGUUUUGAGAGAGGCUCAAAGUGGCAGACCUGAUUUCUUCCAGUACUACCAUACUAAAAAUUCUAUACAAGAGAACAUCAGAACAUACGAAGUGCCCUGAGGCUGGAUCAGACCAA